UAUUGUGGUUGCAUCUAUUAUUUGACAGGAAGAGGAAGCCUUUAGUUGGCAGCUAUUUACAAGGAAGCUUUACAAGAAAUUUUCUAUAUUUUGCACAAUACAAACAAACUUUGAACGCAACAAGUCAACAACUUGAGGUUGUGACUUGUGAGGAAACUUGAAGAAAGAUAUGAAGCUAAAAGGUCGUUGUCUGGCGUCGCUAACAGCGGCGCUUGUUACUACAAUAUUCACAGCGAUGUAUUUACUUGAUAGGAAAAAAUGUCAUAUUGUAUUUGAAAAUCAAGAUCCUCAAGCAAUGAAGAAAGAUGAAAGUCGAAACAAAAAUGUCGUUGAUAAUACAUCGUCAUCGGCACCAUUGUUACUAGUUCCUAAAGAUAUAGAAAUGACAGUUGGCCCUGAAGAAUGGAUAAGCAGGACAAUAAUUGAUCCGAAGCGAGAAUGUCCAUCAUUACUACAAUUAAAAAAGAACGAUUCAGAUCUUGCUUGUCGGUUACCAGAGAUUGAUCCAUUCCAUCCAGCAAUAAUGAAGUUAUUCUCUGAUGUGGCAAACCCUAACUGUGCGAAGCAUAAAUCCUAUGGAAAAUUAGUAAAUGGUAAAAUACAAUUCUUAGAUCCUGAAGUUAUUUCAGCAAAUUAUCGCGGGAUUAUUAGGCAAGGAGACUUUAAGUUCAUUCUUGGUAAAAGUGUCCCUGUACCAGCAAUGAAUACAGAAGAAAAAAUCACGGAUGAAUUUAUUGAAGUUGAAUAUUUGCUCAAAAAUAAGAAGAACGUUAAAGAAAUCUUUCUCCAGCCUGUCCCGCAUGAACAUUUGGUAAAACGAAAGGCAGAAAAACAACUAGGAAUACCGUUAAAUAUUUUAAUCAUUGGUGUAGAUUCACUUUCUCAUGCAAAUACACAGCGAAGACUGCCUAACGUAUAUAAAUAUCUCAAAAACGAACUUGGAGCGAUGUUUUUUAAAGGACACUCGAUAGUAGGGGACGGCACCACAGAACAAUUGACCGCUAUGUUAACUGGACAAGGAGAACUUGAACAAUAUGAAUCAAGACGCCAUCACAAAAACCCCAAGCCUGUAGAUGGAUGGUCUUGGAUAUAUAAGCAACUUAAAGAACGAGGUUAUGUAACUGGUUACUCUGGUGACUGGCCAAAGAUUGGUCCAUGGCAGUAUAGACUAAUGGGAUUCGAAAAUCCGCCCACAGAUUUCUAUACCAGGCCAUUUUUUUCUAUGGCUGAAAAAUUGCUAAAAGAAGAAGACCAGUGCUUAGCUUCAAAAACUAUAUCAAAUGUUCAGUUUGAUUAUAUCCAAGAAGUGUUUGAUGUGUUCAAAAAUCAAUUGAAGUUUUUUUUCUCAUUUAACGUACGUUACUCUCACAAUUCCAACAGUGAAGCAUCGAAGAUUGAACCAGAUUUAUUAUCACUUCUAAAAGGUUUAAAACAAAAUAAUCAUCUCAACAACACAUUACUUAUAAUCAUGGGGGACCAUGGCACUCGAUAUGGCAAAAUACGAACUUUGGUGCAAGGAAAACUCGAAGAAAGACUUCCACUUUAUUCAAUGGCAUUUCCAAAAUGGUUUCUCAGAGAAUAUCCAGAGAUUUCCAAGAAUCUAAAACUAAACACAAAUCGUUUGACGUCAUGGUAUGACGUAUACGCCACUUUCCGUCACAUGCUCAGUUAUCCUGAGGUCCCUGCUGAUAUAAAACACGGUCAAAGCUUGUUGAUAGAAGUUCCCAUAUCACGCACAUGUUCUCAGGCUAACGUUGAGGAACAUUGGUGUCCAUGCUUAGAAUGGGUAGAUGUAAAUCUUGGACAUAGUCACCUGAAUAAUUCAGCUCUUGCAGCAGUGGAGUUCAUGAACAAUGCUAACCUGGAACACAAAAAGAGUGCUGAAAACUGUCAAAAAUUAUCACUAAAGAAUAUAAACUACGCCCUAUUCGAACGACCAAAUGAAAAAGUCCUGUCAUUUAAGGAAACAAACGAUUUGAAAGCUGCGUUUAGUGACAAGUCACGUCCAAAUAACAAGGAUUUUUGUCGCUAUCAAGUACAAUUUACGACGAUACCAAAUAAUGGAAUAUAUGAAGCAACCGUACGCUAUCAUAAAGAUUGGUUUAUUGUAAGCAAGGCUAUUAGCAGAGUGAACAAAUACGGGAGUCAACCAGAAUGCAUUGCAAGAGAUCUUCCGCAUUUAAGGAAAUAUUGCAUGUGCAAAAGAACGCAUGUGCAAAAGAACGAUAAUGCAUUUUUUGCGCGUGUAGUGUGUAGUUAAUAGUAACUAUUCACACGAUUUCUAAUUAACAUUUCACGCGUAAGAAAAUACGCUUGCGAACUAAUGAGGAUUUAGUCCGUUGGAAUCAAUUCGGUGAAAUACAAGCAGCGAUUCCGAUCGAUUCUAUGUACCAAAUCCACAAUAAAACCUGACAUGAAAAUCCCUUGUAAAACCCAGGAAAGUUUCUUCAAACAGCAUAAUUUAUUAAGAACUGUGUUACAAUUUUGUUUUAUCACAACCAUUGUGAAACGAAACUUUAAAGUAGAUACAUCGUAAUUCGUAAAUACGAUCAGAUAUGAUCUACAAUGUUCAGUCAACAGCAUCUACGAUGGCCCAACAGUGGUUAACCAAUCUACCAGCAACAGUCUGCAGAUAAAAUGAUAAAAAAUCAUGAAAGAUGAUAAUAAAAACAUUGAUAAUAUUGAACAACAGUUGUGUUUAAUGUGUUGGAACAGCAGGAAAAAGCAACUAAUAAACACCACGGA